AUGUCUUUUUAUAAACAUUCUAGCCUUUUGAAGAAUCAGUGCAUAUUUCUGUAUGUAAAUUACAUUCGGCCAACAGGUUGUCGUAAUAUAAGUAGAUGGGUAGCACCGACUCUAAGAGAACUUCAAAGGCGAAGGGAUAAAGUAGGACCAGAGCCGGAACGACCUAGAUCCAGUUACUUGGAAUGGAACUACAAUGCUGAACUUUUUGCAUUUGGUAAACGUUUGGGAGAAGAGUUGGACAGAAAAGUUUUAAGACGAGCACUAGUACAAAAAGAGUACGCAAAUUUAACUGAAUUUAAGGCACAAAAUGAAGGUAUAACUGUGGAAAAACUGGAACACAACGAUGAAUUGAUCAAAGAGGGAGAAGAAAUUAUAAAUAAUUAUUUAAAGAAAGAAUUAAGUAAAAUUUAUCCAGAGGAUAUAACCAAAUCAUUGAUUGUAUAUCUAACAACAGAAGAGAUGCUAUCACAUAUUGGUAUUCAUAUUGGUUUAAAAGAUAUCAUUUUAUCAGAAGAAUUUCCAGUUUCAAAAAAUACUCUUAGUAAUACAUUUAAAGCAGUAGUAGCAGCCGUGAAGAGGUCCAAAGAUGUGGCUCGCGCAGAAAAUUUUGUAAAAGAUUUAGUUUUAACCCAGCUAAAUGGAAAAGAUGUAUAUGAAAUAUGGGAUCCUAAAGAACCAUAUGAAUAUCUAACAAAACUGUUAAAAGAAAGAGGAAUUACUGCUAUUGAACCAAGAUUAUGCAAUGAGUCUGCUUCUAAUACGAUACUUGCUUGUUUCCAAGUUGGAUUGUAUAGUAACAAAAAAUUAUUGGGUCUAGGUUGGGGUGAAAAUAUAAAGACGGCAAAAGAAACUGCAGCUUUAGAUGCAAUACAAAGAUUGUAUAGUCGAAAUAAUGCAAAUAAAAAUGAAAAGUAA